GCUAUAAAGAGCAGGGGUUUUCAAUCAGAAGGCAUCAACAAGUUUCAAAGCUUCUAAGUUUCGUUGCAAAACCACACAGUCAACAAACCAAAAAACCAACAAGAUGCCUUGCAAGGGAUGCGGAAACAACUGCCAGUGCUCAGCCGGAAAGUGCGGAGGAAACUGCGCCGGAAAUAGCCAAUGCCAAUGCGCCGCCAAGUCGGGGGCCAAGUGCUGCCAGGCCAAGUGAUUGAUGUCCGUCCACACUAAGGCUAAUAUAAAUAGUUGUUAAUAGUUACAAAUCUCUGACUGAAGCUGAAUAAAAACCAUUAUAAUGUUAUAGUUAA